AUGAUGAUCUCAAAGCUUGGACUUCUCUUGGCCAUUAUUGGCUUACUGAGUGGUUCUGAAGCCUAUCACUACAGCACCAGUUUCAUUAGCCAAGUCACAACUUAUCCAAAUAUUGUUACUCAAAAAAGCCGAUGCAUGCCCGGUAGAAGUGGUAGCAGUGGAAGUUCCACACAGAAUGUUCUUAUUUGUGAUCCCAACGAAGUCCUCAGUGCUGAUCAAUUGGGUUCUCUCAACCGCCUGUUACUAAAGAUGCAGGAAUCAAUCAAUAGUGAUCGAGCCAAAUGUGAUCGCAGCUAUCCUCGUCCCACUAUUGCCGUUGCCUUGGUGGACAGUAUUCGCUUUGGACGAGCUGAUGAACAAACCGAUAAAAACGUCAUCGACUAUGCUGCUAUUUUUACCUAUUACCUAUUUGAAUCCUGGAGACUUCCAACCACUUGCGAAUCAGAAUCCGAUAAAAUUGUUAUUUUCUACUCAAAGAACGAUGGCGUCAUCUAUAUAUACGCUGGUGAAAAUUUGCGGGAAAAACUGCCCAAGGAUGCGAUACGAAGAACUUCUGUUGAAUCCAAGGCCGCUUUUGGAUCUGGAGUUUACGAAGGACUGAAGUAUAUACUGAAACGAUUCGAGGACCUUGUAACCACCAAUCGAAGUGGAAUGUUCGGUACAAGAUAA